AUGAGUCAAAUCAAAGAAAUGCCGAGCAGACCGUUAACCUAUGCCCUGAAGCAUCAACGCCUUACAUCAAUGGGAAACACCGCGCAAGUGGUGUCUAUUGGGCCUGAGGGCGUUACCAUGGGCAAUAACUCAUGUUUACAACCGUUAGCGGGCAGGAUACAUAUUCCGCUCUACCAUGACUGGAUGCACACCAUGCGUAAGAAAAUCAGAGUGAAAAAGACGAUUUUCGACAGCAAAAUAGGCUGCAAUGCACGAGUUGCUCCAGAAAUUGUGAUACGCGAGGAUAAAGUAAAAGUCAUGGAUCACUUUCUUAAUAACUACUCAACUUGGGCUACCAUUCCGCACGACGAUGAUACGACAAACGCUGAAUGGGCAGAUAGAGGAGCGGCAGUGAAAAUUGCCUUCUUCAAAGAAAUGGAAGGACUUCAUUUGCGAGCUGUUGCUAGAACUGUGAUAUCGUAA